CUCAUUUAACCAGAAGUCACUUUGGGAAAAUAACCUCCCUGUUCCAAGGCUACACUGUGCUGCUGGCUGAGCUGAAAGAUUUCCUACAUAAGAACAGAGUGUUCUAAAAGCCAACACAUUGUGUGAGAUCCCCGAGGAAAAAGGCUAAUUGUUUGCACUGAAGAAGGCUUCCUGUCACUUUGUAAACCGCUGACUGCUUUAAAUGGACUGCAUGGAACUACAGAAAGUCAGCAUGCGCUGUGAUGAUGAGAGUAACAGCGGAGAUAGCACUGAAGAUGGCUACUGCAAAGACAUAGACUCUGAAAAAGUCACUAUUAGCAGUAACUAUGUUGAUGAAGAAGAUGCUGAAAGCCAAAAGUUUCUUACCAAUGGGCUUUCUGGAAAGAAGAAGCUGGAAGAAUACACGGAAGAACAUCACCCUGGGACCACUUCAUUUGGAAUGUCGGUGUUUAAUCUUAGCAAUGCCAUUAUGGGCAGUGGGAUCCUUGGACUCUCUUAUGCCAUGGCUAAUACUGGCAUUAUACUUUUUAUAAUUCUUCUUGUUGGAGUUGCCAUUUUGUCACUGUAUUCUGUCCACCUGUUACUGAAAACUGCAAAAGAAGGAGGUUCAUUAAUUUAUGAAAAAUUAGGUGAAAGGGCAUUUGGAUGGCCAGGAAAAAUUGCAGCUUUUGUAUCUAUCACAAUGCAAAAUAUUGGAGCAAUGUCAAGCUAUCUGUUCAUUAUAAAAUAUGAACUUCCUGAAGUAAUGCGAACCUUCUUAGGCCUUGAAGAAAAUACUGGAGAAUGGUACCUGAAUGGAAACUACCUUGUCAUAUUUGUGUCCAUUGGAAUUAUUCUUCCACUAUCUCUCCUAAAGAAUUUAGGUUACCUUGGCUAUACUAGUGGAUUUUCUUUGAGUUGCAUGGUGUUUUUUGUCAGUGUGGUCAUUUAUAAGAAAACCCAGAUUCCUUGCCCAUUGCCUCUGCUGGAUCAUAAUAUUGGAAAUUCAACUAGCAACAGUACUUAUCACCUGUACCCAUAUGUAAUUCAGAAUAACACUCACAGUUCUGAGAUGAAUUUCAUGAUGGAUUACACACAAGCAGCAGGACUCAAUGAGCAUAAAGACAGGAACCCCAACAGUGGUGUGGAAUAUGAAGCUCACACAGAUGACAAAUGCCAACCAAAAUACUUUGUGUUCAAUUCCCAGACAGCUUAUGCUAUUCCAAUUUUGGCCUUUGCUUUUGUGUGUCACCCAGAAGUUUUGCCAAUCUACAGUGAACUUAAAAGCCGAUCUCGGAAGAAGAUGCAGAAUGUUUCUAAUGUGUCGAUAGCUGCAAUGCUGGCAAUGUAUCUCUUUUCUGCUCUUUUUGGUUAUCUUACAUUUUAUGGAGAAGUUAAAGAUGAAUUGCUUCACACUUACACAAAAGUGUAUACCUUUGAUACGCUUCUGCUUUGUGUCCGCUUAGCAGUGCUGGUCGCUGUAACCUUAACCGUCCCCAUUGUAUUAUUUCCAAUUCGGACUUCCAUCACUACAUUAAUAUUUCCUGGAAGACCAUUCAGUUUGCUAAGACAUUUUCUCAUAGCGCUUAUACUCCUGGCUCUAAAUAACACACUUGUGAUAUUUGUGCCCACCAUUAAAGAUAUCUUUGGAUUUAUUGGUGCAUCGGCGGCAACCAUGCUGAUAUUUAUUCUUCCAGCUGCAUUUUAUCUACGAAUAGUGAAAAAGGAGCCUCUUCGGUCACCACAGAAAAUUGGGGCCUUGAUUUUCCUUAUUGUUGGUAUCAUCUUUAUGAUUGGAAGUAUGUCACUUAUUAUAUCUGACUGGGUUCACAACCCACCAUCCUCCAAACGUCACUAACCCAUCCGACUGGCAUUGGAUACUUUCCUUGUGGUUAUGGCUGGAUAUCAGUGAAGACAAGUGGAAGAUAGUUCCUCAAUGGAUAUUAAAGCAAUCCAAAGACUGUUGCUGGUACCAACAUGGAACACACAAACUUUUUUAUAUAAGGAUUUUGCUAUUUAUAUAUUGAAAAAUGUAAAAAAAAGAAAUAACUGGAUAUGUUAGAAUGGUGUAAGCCUCUGGAGUUGUGUGGUACAAAUGAAAUGAAAAAAGUAAUCUUAGUUUUAAUGGACAAUGACUGCACUGUCAUAUGUCGUAUAGUUAGUAUGCACUGCAUGUAUCUACAGCAAUUACUUUGUUGGAAGGGGUUAAAUGUUUAUGAAACAUACACACCUAAAUAAGUCAUUUGACUGUAGCACCCCAAGUUGUGUGGUUACAGAGAUAUAUAAGUUUUAUUACAAUGUUGGGGCUGCAAAUCCAUGUUCUCAUGUCUUUGCAAUAUACCCUAGCAGUAUGUCACAGGAAGCCAUCUUGGAAUUGCUCCCUGGUUUAUUACAUGUAUUAUGUAUUGAAUUGCUGCUCUGCUUAUAAAAUGACAUUGAAAUUGUGCAUCGUCUGUAAAAUAGUUUAGGGCAAUAUUAAUUAAGCUUAGAGAUAGUGUUAGGUAGCAUAGAUUAAAGGGAGGUCUGGCACCUUUAACCUGCGUGAAAAGCCCCAUAAUAUAGUGGCCCACAGCAUUUCGCUUAUGGUAACAAGGGUAACAAUGCCACAAAGAAGUUCUGCUUUAUACGAACUUAAACAGAGCGAUGAAAGGAUGCAAUCAGAGCAUAAUUGCUGCCAAAAGACUCAGCACACCCUGUGGUUGUUUAUGGAACUGCAUGUAGAACACAGAGAAAAGGGCCUCCCGUGCAGGGAUUGCACCAUAUCACCUUACAAUGUGCACAGCAACUAUCUUCUGGAUUAAUGAUGUUUAGUGGUAUAGUUAUGUUAAACAAGUGUUGUCUUCACACUGUUCCUUAAGAUGAUGAAUGGUUUUGUGCGAGUAGAAAAACAAUUCAAGAGAAGUCCACGUUUAGUUUUAUCUAUUGCUGAUUAUGUGUUUAUAUGUUUAUUGUUUUGCCAAAAAACUUUGUGCCCAGCCUCUAUGCAUUGAAUGACCUAUACAUUCUCUCUGUGGAACUUAACUUUCUGUUGUUUACACUAAAGCACUAAGAUCAGAUUUGAAUUGGCGCAUGUGCUUUGGCAAGUAGUCAA